CGGCCCUACCGGGGCCGCCUCCUCUCGCUCCUCCCUGGGGCUGUGCCGCCAGCGCGCUCGGGUGGGGGCCACCUGGCACCUCGGGCUUUUCCCUGCGCUGACUCAGCGGGGACCGCCCGGCGGUCCGAGGCGGAAGGGGCGCGCGGCGGCGGCUGGAGCCCUUCGGCCCUCUGCUGGCCGCCCGGCCGGGGAGAAACUAACCGUGACCUGCCACCUCUGGAGCCUCUUUCCCGAAGCCUUCCCGCCGCUUGCGGGGAGCCAGUAGCUCCAACAAUCAGAGCGAAAUGGACCUUGGAGGGACCAGCUGUUAGCAAGAAAUGUCACAGUGCGCCAGACUGCCAGUCACUGACUUUUGUUCUGUGUAUUCCGGCAGAAAUAUGACUCAGAGAAGCGGGUUCCCGUUUUGCUGCCUGACACGGAGGCUGCGGAUUCCGCAGCUGCUUCUCUUGUGUGUGACCUUCUCUUGUGUGUGUCACGCUCUCUUCUGCUUCUUAGUACAACCUGGCCUUGAAGGAAGUACCAAUCUUUUUCAUCUUCUCAGUAACAAGUCAAACCAGGAGCAGGGCUAUUGUGAAACGGAAGCUAGAUUAGCCUCGUCUCUCGACUUUUGGACUCUCUCCUCUGAAAACCUUAUAGCUGUGUUGCCAGUUGAUCCUGUUAAAGAAAAUUAUGUUCGUAAAGUGAAAAACUGUAUUUUUUCAAUUGCCUUCCCUACGCCUUUCAAAUCAAGAGUACGUCUUGUAGCAGUUUCAAAGGAAGUUUUAGAAGAUAUUUUGGAUCUUGAUUUAUCUGUCUCAGAAACAGAUGCUUUUAUCCAGCUUGUCAGUGGUGAAAAGAUAGUAUUUGGAUCCAUUCCAUUGACUCACAGAUAUGGUGGCCACCAGUUUGGGAUAUGGGCAGAUCAGCUUGGCGAUGGCAGAGCCCAUCUUAUUGGAAUUUACAGGAACAGGCAGGGUGAAAAAUGGGAGCUCCAAUUAAAAGGCUCAGGAAAGACCCCAUAUUCCCGAAAUGGUGAUGGCAGAGCUGUACUUCGUUCCUCAGUGAGAGAAUUUUUGUGUAGUGAGGCUAUGCAUUAUCUUGGAAUUCCAACUAGCAGAGCUGCAAGUCUGGUUGUAAGUGAUGAUGAAGUAUGGAGAGAUCAGUUCUACAAUGGAAACAUUGUGAAAGAACGAGGUGCAGUAGUGCUGCGGGUUGCAAAAUCAUGGUUUAGAAUUGGAUCGUUAGAAAUUUUGUCUCAUUAUGGUGAACUGGAUUUACUAAGGUCAUUAUUAGAUUUCAUCAUACAGGAACACUUCCCCUCAGUAAAUGUCCAAGAACCUAAUAGAUAUGUGGAUUUUUUUUCCAUUGUGGUAUCUGAGACAGCACAACUUAUUGCCUUGUGGAUGUCUGUUGGUUUUGCUCAUGGUGUUUGUAAUACUGAUAACUUCAGUUUGUUAUCCAUUACAAUUGACUAUGGUCCAUUUGGUUUUAUGGAGGCUUAUAACCCAGAUUUUGUACCAAACGCAUCUGAUGAUGAAAGAAGAUAUAAAAUAGGAAAUCAGGCUAAUAUUGGGAUGUUUAAUUUAAAUAAAUUAUUACAAGCUCUAAACCCAUUACUUGACCGAGGGCAAAAGCAUCUUGCUGCUCAGAUUCUUGAGGGGUAUCCUGUUCUUUAUUACACAAGAUUUACAGAAUUGUUCAAAGCUAAAUUGGGAUUACUUGGAGAAAGGAAGGGUGAUGGUGAUUUAAUUGCAUUUCUCUUACAUCUCAUGGAAAAGACAGAAGCUGAUUUUACAAUGACCUUUCGGCAGCUCAGUGAGAUUACUCAAAGCCAGUUACAGGAACUGGACAUUCCUCAGCAAUUCUGGGCACUGAAGAUGAUUUCAAAGCACCAACUCUUUCCUGCCUGGGUGUCCCAGUACCUUUUGAGACUGAAAAGUAACAUGAAUGAUUCAGAUUCUGAAAGAAGAAAAAGAAUGACAACUGUUAAUCCGAGAUAUGUGCUGAAGAACUGGAUGGCAGAAUCUGCAGUGCAAAAAGCAGAAAGGAAUGAUUUUUCAGAGGUCCAUCUCCUCCAGCAAAUUCUUCAGCAUCCUUUCCAGAAGCAUUCUGCAGCUGAGAAAGCAGGCUACUCCUCACCUACCCCUUCUUGGGCUGAAGGUCUCAGAGUUAGCUGCUCAUCUUAAUUUGGAGAAAAUAAAUUAAGGAAUACUUCUAUCCUUGAACUCAACAUUGAAUAAUCAACUUGAUAAAUUCUUAAUGACAUCUACAUUUUGAUGGCAAUCCUGAAUUUCAAAAUAAUGAUUAUAUAUAAAAAUAUUUUUUAAUCAAAUAAACUGGGCCUGUUCUUUGGAACAUCUCUGUGAUCAUUUUUGUUCUAACUAAUAACUUUAAUGGGAUCAUAAAGCAUUUUUGGUAAACCACAUGAGUUAUUCUCACUAACAAAAAAAAUCUUAUGAUAAUCUUUGAAUGAAUUUGUAAGUAUUCAUGUAAUACUUACAUGUACCCAGCUCUUUGGGGCACAUCAAAUAAGUAUAUAGUUUAAUUGUGCUCCUAGAGGUUUUUUGUCUAUUAUGCUAAUUUUCAAACAUUUACCAAACUGAAGAGAAUAGUUUAAUGUACCUUAUUUACCAUUCAGCCAGCUUAUUAAUUAUCAAUACAUGAUCAGUCUUGCUUCAUUUAUAUCCCUUUACACUUCCCCAUAUUCCUACUUAUUGUUUUUAUCAAGAUAUGAUUUAUAUAUCCCCAAGUAUUUUUAAGAAAUUACCAGACAUUGUUUCAUUUAAUUUACAAAUAUUUCUGUAUGCCUCCCUAAACAUUAAUGACUUUAAACACAUACAUACAGUACCAUUAUCACCUUAAGACAAAUUAACAACUCCCUAAUGCAUUAUUCAAAUAACCAGUUUUCAGAUCUUUCCUAUUGUUUUAUAAGUUAUGAUCACCAUAAUUUAUUAUUUUUAUAAUUGUUUAUUUGAUUUGGGAUCCAAAUAAGAACUAUACAUUAAAAUUAAAUGAUCAAAUCUUUUAAGUCUCUUUCUAUAUCUUCGGGUACAGCCACUUACAUCAUUUUUUCCUUGCAAAUUUUUAUUUUUUUGGGUUGAAGAAACCAGAUCAUUUAUCCUUGAGUGUUUCCCAGUCUGCAUUUAGCUGAUUGCAUCUCUGUAGUAAUGUUUAACAUGCUACUCUGCCCCCUGUAUUGCUGUAAAGUCUGAUUCAGAUUCAGGUUCAAUUUAUUUGGCAGAAAUACUUGCUAUCAGGAGGCAAGUGCUGUGUACUUCUACCAGGAAGUACAUGUUUGGUGGUCUCUUUGUGCUAUCAGUAGCCAUGGAGAAUCAUCAUCUUGACCCAUUGAUUCCAUAGGGUUGCAAAAUGAUGAUAAUCUAAUCCAAUCACUCGUUUAUUAGUACUCCUUCAAUACAGGAAAACUUCCUUUCGUUAUUUGGAUAUCCUCAGAUACAGAAAGGCAAAAUGAAAAAUUCUCAAGCAGGCUCCAAAGACAACCAAUCGGCUUAUUUGAUUGUGUUAGGAUCAGUAUGAGCUAUUGAAUUUAAGCAUAUUUUAUAUGUUUUAUAUGAUUGCAGUUAUUCCUUCUGCUGUACAAAUUGUCCUGUAUUUGGCCAGUGAGGUUUUAUUCUUAUUGGCUCCUUUGGACAUGAUCCUAGAAGUUUUUGAUACCUUCCUUGUUUCUGGUGUGAUAAGGUGUUCCAGAUUCAUCCUGUGUAUUUCUUGCCUUAACCCUGGAAUCAGUCACUAGCAAAGUGAAAGAAAAAAGUAUAAUUGAUGUGCUGAAAAAGGAGAGAAAAAUAGUCAUAUAAAAUACUUAAAACCACAAAAGUCAGAAAAAGAGUGGAAGACAAAA